AAAUUAUCUUCAAAUAAAUAUUUAGCAUAAACACGGCGCGGAAGAUCUUCGUAUUACGCAACUGAGCUCAUUCCUCUCCCUCAAGUUUCGAGCUCCGGCGAGAAAAAAAUGCUGCAGUUUCCGGCGUUCAUGACCCAGUAUCCUUGGUCCACGAGGACUAUUCCGACGUCGUUUUUACUGCCGUCUCAGUGGCCCCAACCCCAAAACGAAGAGCUGCUGCUCGCCAUGGAAGAGUCUGAUUUUGAAGAGAAGUGCAAUGAAAUCAGGAAGACAAACAGCAACCUGGUGGUGAUUGGCAAAAUGACUGCUGAUAACGAUAAGGAAGACAUAGAGGCAGAAGAUGACGAUGCCGACAAUGCUGAGGAAUCUGAGGCUGAAGAAUUUGAGCAGGAAACUGGUUAAAACUUACAACUACUCUGCAUAUUUGUGUCCUUUCUUGUCCUUGGAAUCCUCAAUUUGCUUGUGUAUUACUGAACCAAUUUUUCUUUUUGUUCAUUGUGAAUCUGUCACUUAGGAAAGCCAGAGCCUCUAUGAUCGUUAAACAUACAUUCAUUAUAGCUUCAAAUUUAUGUGCCUCUUGAGCUGAUGAUACUUUGAUGAAUGAAUAUAACCUUUUCUUUUUAUU